CCCCCCAUUCUUCCCGCUAGCACACCAGUACCUUCACAUUCUCUGCCCCUUGCCACACAGGCGGCACCCCCGGACCAGGUCUAGGCAGCGCACAGAUACACAGCGCGGGCGGAAAUAGCGCGAGGAAAUAGCGCGCGGAGAGUGCGGGGGGGCGGUUCCGUUGCGAACUGCCCCAUCGGUCACACUUAAUCGCUGAAAAUUAAGCGUCUAGGGUGCGAGAGAGCGGGGAUGAACACGCGGGAUUAGGCGCGGGAUUCGACGCGGGUGGAUACAUAGGGGCCGCCGCACUGCCCCAUCGGUCACAGUUAUAUCGCCGUUUACGUCUAGGGUGCGAGAGAUCGGGGAUGAAUGCGCGGGAUUCGAGGCUCCCUGUAACGGGUAUUGCCGUCAUUCUGGGCCUUGCGGAUUUACCGGUUAGCGCGCCUCUGCGGUGCUACACUCGGCGCGCAGCACGCGAUGUGGCGCAGCGGAACGACGCUGCGGAACCUCCGCCUCCUGGGGCGCAGCGAAACGACGCGGAAGCUUUUCCCCGUCUGGCGCAGCGGAAUGACUCCGCGGAACUUCCCCCUCGGGUGCAGCGGAAGGAAGCGGGACCUCCACUUGAAGCGGGCGCGGAAGGUGGUCCGGGGAGUAAGGGAGCGGCGUGUGAGGAGGACGAGGAUGAUGCUGAUGAUGACGUGCAGGAAGUGCCAACGGGGGAAACCAGAGAGUGUGAGGGUAAAAUUCGUUAUGGUAUGGGGCGUGAUACUUAUAAAUUAGACGGUGGGAGUGAGAAGGAGAAGGAGAAGACUGCAGGAAAGGCAGGGGAGGAAAGAGUGAGAGAGAGGGGGGUGGAAAGGGUGAAGAAGGAGAGGGAGGAGGGGAAGGCACAGGAGAAGGAGAAGGAGAAGGAGAAGGAGAAGGGAAGGGAGAUGGAGAGAGAGGAGGGGAAGGGGAAGGGGGAGGAGAAGGAGAAGGGGAAGGGGAAGGAGAGGGAAGAGGAGGGCCACGAGAAGCGCUAUGGUUGUGAGGAGAGUGGGAAGGCGUUCACUCGGCCAAGCUACUUAAAGCAGCACUCGGCUCGGCGUAUCCAUUUCCAGCAGCACCCAUGCCCGCGGCAUCCCCAAUGCUCCCAAUCGUUCAAAAGGAGGGUUUUGAGACGUCUAAAAACGAAAUUACUAUCCCAAGUACAAGACAGACCGACGGAAAUGGGUGACAGGCAGAGGGAAGGGGACGAUAUAGAGGAGGAAGAGGAGGAAGCAGAAAAGGAGGAAGAGGAGGAAGCAGAAAAGGAGGAAGAGGAGGAAGCAGAAAAGGAGGAAGCAGAAAAGGAGGAAGAGGUAAGGCAAAAUGACGAUGGGGAGGAGAGGGAGGUGGAGUGGGUGGGGGAGUAUGUGAGAAAGUGUGUGGGCGAAGAGGAUGAUGAUGUGCAAGAAUGGCCGAUAAGAGAGAGUGAUGCUAUGAUGCUUGAUACUAGUAAGUCAGCUGGUGGGAGCAGGAAGGAGAAGGAAGAAAAUGCAGGGAAGGCUUGGGAGGACGAUUAUAAGGCGAGCGAGAGGAGGACAGUAAGGUUGAAGGAGAAGUGGACGAAAGAGGAGGAGGAGAGGGAGGAGGAGAGGAAGGAGGAGAGGGAGGAGGAGAGGGAGGAGGAGAGGGAGGAGGAGAGGGAGGAGGAGAGGGAGGAGGAGAGGGAGGGGGAGAGGGAGGAGGAGAGGGAGGAGGAGAGGGAGGAGGAGAGGGAGGAGGAGAGGGAGGAGGAGAGGGAGGAGGAGAGGGAGGGGGAGAGGGAGGAGGAGAGGGAGGAGGAGAGGGAGGCGGAGAGGGAACAGGAGAGGGAGGAGGAGAGGGAAGAGGAGAGGGAGGAGGAGAGGGAGGAGGAGAGGGAGGAGGAGAGGGAGGGGGAGAGGGAGGAGGAGAGGGAGGAGGAGAGGGAGGAGGAGAGGGAGGAGGAGAAGCAAGAGGAGAGGGAGGGGGAGAGGGAGGAGGAGAGGGAGGAGGAGAGGGAGGCGGAGAGGGAACAGGAGAGGGAGGAGGAGAGGGAAGAGGAGAGGGAGGAGGAGAGGGAGGAGGAGAGGGAGGAGGAGAGGGAGGAGGAGAAGCAAGAGGAGAGGGAGGAGGGGCGGCACGAUGGGAAGAGAGGCUAUGAGAAGGCGUUUGCUCGGCUGACAUGCUGGAGGGAACUCAAAGCCAUUCUUUCCAAGGAGAGAUCGUUCGCGUGUCCGCAUGCAGACUGCCAAAAAGAAUUCACAUCCAAUUGCCAUCUCAAGAGGCACCUCCUUUUGCACGACCCCAAUGCUCCGCGGCACCCAUGUCCGCAUCCGCGCUGCUCGAAGUCCUUCACGCGCCGAGAUCAAGCGCUACAACACGCACGGAAGAAGCAUCGGGGGGAGCAGGGCGCGAGGGGCGGGCUGAGCAGCGUGCAUGGGGGCAAGAAGGGGAAGAGAGCGCAUGGGAGGAAGGGAGGACGUGGGGGCAACGAGGAGGGCAGCGAGGAGGGCAGCGCUGCGAGGGAGGAAGAGGAUGGCGAGACCCGUCUGCUCCCCCCAAGCGAGGGCAGUGCAGCCAAGCCACUGCUGCUCCAGCCUCAAGAGACCAGUAGCGAAGUUGCAUACGGGGAGGGAAAUGGGAGCACCAAGGACGCCAGUGCUGCGAGGGGAGAAGAGGGCGCUUCAACCCAUCUGCCUCAAAGCUUGGAAGGCAGUUCUGUGAGCGAGGAAGAGAAUGGAGGUCCCCAUGUGCUCCCUCUAAGCGAGGAAGAUAAGACUCGUGAGGAGCCUCGAAGCUUGGAAGGCAGUGCUGUGAAGGAGAGAGCAGCCCGUUCCCUCCCUUCAAGGGAGAGCGGCGUGGCAGCCAACGCUGCAAAUGACACCACACCCCAGCCUCCAGGUCAGCCGAUGAGCCCCCCCAUGGGAGCCGAUGCUGCAGAUGAUGGGGUCAUCCACGCCCCCCACUCAUGGGAAGGCAACGUGGCAGGCAGUGCUGCAGCGGAUGAUGGUGUCAUCCGUCCACUUCCUUCAACACACGGCAGCGUGGCAGCCAAUGCUGCGAGGGACGAAUCGGCCCAACCUCGGAGGACGGGCCAUAUGGGAGCCGAUUCUGCAGAUUGGAGCCACGUGGUCAUCCGUCCACUUCCUUCAAAGGCGGUCAACGUGGGAAAGCCAGCGCAGCGGCUUCAAGGGAAGGGCAGAAACCAGUGUUGGGAGAAGGAGGAGGAGGAGGAGGAGGAGGAGGAGGAGGAGGCGUUGGGGUGCGACUUGGGUGGUGUGCGUAGAGUGAAGGAGGAGGAAGAAGCCCUUCCCCUCCCUCCCUGGUGUGGCACGGAUGGUGUGAGAGCAGUGGGGAAGGAGGGGGAGAUGGAAGAUGAUGGGGGGAUGGGGGAAGUUGGGAAGCACAGUCAAGGGGAGGAAGGGAGUGCACAAGAGGAGGGGGAUAGGAAAGCGAGAAGAGGAGGGGAGAUGGGUAGGGAGGAUAUGGAUGGAAGGAACGAGGGAGGUGUGCCAGUGGAAAAAUCACCUCGUGGGGAUAAGCGCAUUCGAAUUGGGGCUUUAAGGAGAGGGUUGUUGGCAAGGAGAGAGGGUGUAAGAAAGAGAAGGUGUUCUGGAGGUGAGGAGGGAAAAGCUGGUCUGAGGAAGAAUCACCUAAAAAGUCACCUGAAGCAGCGUAAGAGAUAUCUGGGCACGAAUGUGAAGCAUCUUGUGGGGUUAAGAAGCUGCCAAAGCAAGCUGAGGAAACACCUGAAGGCAACUGAGAGGAAGCACCUGAGGCGGAAGGAGAUGCUCUCGAAGGAGGAAGAGACACACCUGAGACAACGGGAUGAACACCUGAAGCAACAGAGAGAGCACCUGAGACAGCAGGGCGAUCACUUGCGGCAACAGCAUGAGCAGUUAAAGGAGCAGGAGUUGCACCUGAGGCGGCAGGAGGAGCACCUGAAGCAACAGAGCGAGCACCUGGACGGGCAGGAAAACCACCUGAGGCUCAAGAAGCAGCACCUGAAGAUGAAGCUGCAGCAUGCUCGGCUUCGAAAGAACCGGCUGAAUCGUUGUCCCGCUGAUCCACGGGGUUCUGGAAGAAAGACCGUGGUGAAGGAUGAGGAGAGAGGAGGGAGUGUGGCUCUGGGGGACAAGGGGAGAGAGAAAGGGAUGACAGGAGGGCUAGAUGCCUUGCAAAAUGCAGCAUUGCCAGGUGAAGCACGAAUGUGGCCUGUGGUUAAGGAGGAAAGAGAGGAGGUGGUGUGAUGUUGGGAGAAGAGAAGGGGCCAAGAAGCAAGGAGGGGCAGGGUGGUGGGGGGGAUAGUGGGCAGGGGAAACUGAAGGGUUGGAAAGCAGCAGAGCUGUGUCGGAGGGUAAGGAAGAGGAGCUUCAUGUCUGCUGGAGAAGAGAUGAGAAAGCAUAAGAGUUGCUGUGAAAGGGAGUUGGAGGAACGACCAAGCAAAGGUAGGAGUUCACCGCAAGCAACAGAGCGUUCCUCUAAGUCACCUCUCAAGUGUACAAAAAGACAUGGAUACAGAGCCGCAAUAAUAGCUUGUACAUAUUUCAAGGAUAUUUCAAAUGCAACUGAACUAGGAGUAGUCUAUUUGGGAGAUGCAUAGAUGUAUAGUUGUUUAAGUGCAUGGUGCAUCGAGAAUACAUGGUUUCGGGCAUCAGGAGUGUAGGGCUGAGCAAGGAGGUAAUUUUUAUUGUUAACACACG